AUGGAGUUUGAACCCGGGGGCACAUCAGGUGGCGCCAUCCGUCGGACUCUACAACAAAUAGCCAACGAAGGAAAUACAGUUGCCAAGAUGAGUCCCGUCACAAGAAGACAUAACUUUGAGGAAACACCACAAAUCACGAUGGUGGUGGCGCACAGAAACAUAGCAAUGGAAGUCCCAGAAGAAGGGAAACGGGGUAAAGAACGCUUGGAAGAAGAAGAAAGAGAAAUGCAGGAAUUUGAAGCUUUCAAAAACUUCGAAGCUAUGAAAAAGCAACAAGUGGAAAGAAUUAUUCAUAAAGUACAGAAAGAAAGAACACAAAAGGAAAAGGAUGGGAUCAAGUCUCAGUGCACGCUAGUCAAAUAA